CAGACUGAUGUACAGCACAGGCAUGACGAGAGUAAGAGGGCUAUUUUACUUGGCGAGACUAAACCACCGCCUCAAGUCACCUCUAAUGGCCACCGUCACCACCGCCGCCGGAGCAUUCUCUUCCUCCCCCUCCUCCUCUGUAAAACUAGUGGGCACUCACAAUGGUAGCUUCCACUGCGACGAAGCUCUUGGUUGCUAUAUGAUCCGCCUCACUGACAAGUUCAAGGAAGCCAAAAUCGUUCGUACCCGUGACUCCCAGGUAUUGGAGUCGCUUGACGCUGUGCUUGAUGUUGGCGGGGUUUAUGAUCCUAGUCGAGACCGGUAUGAUCAUCACCAGAAGGGGUUUGAUGAGAUCUUUGGGCAUGGGUUUAGCACUAAGCUCAGUAGUGCUGGUCUUGUUUACAAGCAUUUUGGGAAGGAGAUUAUUGCAAAAGAGCUUCAAGUUGAAGAAGGACAUCCAGAUGUGCAUAGGUUGUAUCUAGCGCUCUACAGGAGCUUCAUGGAGGCUAUUGAUGCCGUAGACAAUGGAAUUAAUCAGUAUGACACAGACCAACCUCCAAAAUAUGUCAAUAAUACACACUUGUCUUCACGAGUUGGGAAAUUAAACUUGGAUUGGACUGAACCUGAUCAAUCACCCGAGAAGGAGAAUGAAGCUUUCUCUCGUGCUAUGCAUUUAGCUGGCAGUGAGUUUAUGGAUAGUGUUCGUUAUUAUGCAAAAUCAUGGUUACCUGCCCGGUCAAUUGUUAUGGAGUGUCUUUCUUCAAGAAAGGAUGUUGAUCCUAGUGGAGAAAUUAUGGUUUUAAACAGAUUUUGCCCGUGGAAGCUUCACUUGUUUGAACUUGAGGAGGAGUUGAAGAUUGAUCCGCCACUCAAAUAUGUUCUUUAUCAGGAUGAAAGAGGCAAAAGCUGGCGAGUGCAGGCAGUGGCUAUCUCUCCAGACAGAUUUGAGAGUCGGAGGCCCCUACCAUCACAGUGGCGAGGUCUUAGAGAUGAUGAGCUCUCAAAGGAGUGUGGGAUUCCAAGUUGUGUUUUUGUCCACAUGAGUGGGUUUAUUGGUGGAAACCAAACCUACGAGGGAGCAUUAGCUAUGGCAAAAGCUGCAUUGAAGCUCUAAACUGCCAAAAAUAUCACUCCAACCUUCACUUAUGUCAUUUCAUCCCCGUUGCAAUUCAUGACUUUCACAUUGUUGUUUACUUCUAACUUUUAGGUAUGAUUUAUGCUUUCGAUAGGGAAUUCCUUUUUUAUUUUUCUUUUGUUUUGAACAUCAACAAUAUUUGGCUGGUUAAUUCUGUAAUUCUUGUUAGCAUAUAUGAUUUGCUUGGCCUUAACUUAAA